UGAUUGCCCCUCCAUUUUAAGUAUUCAACGCUUUGAAACUUUGUCCCUUUGUAUGCGACGAUUUUUCUCGUCACAUAACGAGAUUUCCUUUCUGCCAUUUUUUUCCUUUCUUUUCUUUCCUCCUUUAUCCUACUACUCUUUACCGCGAUUUGUUUCCGAGUUCGAACGAGUCUGAACACGUUCUUUUUUAUUGUAACCUCAAUUGCGUUAUAAUGACAGAAUUAAAAAUAAAUACAUAUAUUCGACAAAAAUGUCUCAAAGGGGAAGAGCGAGCCGUGGGCGAGCCAUACAGCAGCAGCGUGCAGGAACUUCGCAGGAACAACAGCUUCCGCAUGCUCAACCAUCGACAAGUGGUGGAGCUAUUCGUAGACCAGGACAUUCUGCUGCGCAAGCUUCUGCAGUCACUGGUGGACGCGGCCAAAUUCAACGCGUUGGCGAGAAAGGCGACAGUGCAGUUGGACAGAUAGGCAGAGGCCUGGAAAAAAUGGGCAUUCAACCUGGUUGCAGUGGAGAUGCUGGUGCAGUGGGAGGUCCACCUGUUACACUAAGCGGAAGAGGGGCAACUCGUGGCAAAAGAAUUUUGCCUGCGGAUAUUUUUGUUACAAAACCGAGCCAUAUAGAAAACAAGAAGGGAAAUUCCGGUAAUAGAAUAGAGUUGCAAACCAAUUAUUUUAAGUUACUUAAGUCAACCGAUUGGGCUAUUCAUCAGUAUCGUGUCGAUUUCGCGCCUGAAGAAGAUCGCACAGCUGUGCGUAAAGGUUUACUCAAACUGCAUCAUAAAAAUAUUGGCGCAUAUAUCUUUGAUGGCACUGUAAUGUAUACGAGUCGUCGAUUGCCUGAUCAAAUGACAUUUACAUCAACUCGACAAUCGGAUGAACAACAUAUAACGAUUACUGUUCGUCUCGUUGGUGAUAUGCUGGUGGGAGAUAUCCAUUAUAUCCAAUUUUUUAAUAUUAUUAUGAGAAAAUGUUACGAAUUUCUGGAAUUAAAAUUGAUCGGUCGCAAUUAUUUUGAUCCUGCAAAUAAAAUUCUCUUGCCGGAACAUAAACUGGAAUUAUGGCCAGGAUAUGUGACAUCUAUUCGUCAACACGAACACGAUGUAUUAAUGUGUGCUGAGAUAACAAACAAAGUUAUGCGAUUAGAUACCUUAGUAGAUAUCCUGAACGCUUGUUAUCAAGAAGAUAGAGAAAGAUACAGAGAAAAUUUCGCCAACACUGUAAUUGGUACAGUAGUUCUUACUCAUUAUAACAAUAAUACAUACCGUAUCGAAGAUGUAGACUUUUCUACGACUCCUUCCAGUUCAUUUGCCUUAAGAAACGGCGAUAAAAUAACUUAUCUAGAAUAUUAUAAAAAAAAAUAUGCUAUAGUAAUAAAAAAUCCAAAACAACCCAUGCUUGUAACUAAAUCUAAAACAAGAGAUCGACAAGCUGCGGAAGCGGAACGAGUUUAUUUGGUACCCGAACUAUGUCGGGCGACAGGUUUGACUGAUUCCAUGAGAGAUAAUUAUAAGCUUAUGUCAAGCUUGGCUACACACACCCGUCUCAAUCCAAGUUCGCGUAUUGGGAAGUUAAUAAGCUUUAAUAAAAGACUUCUCAAUACACCAAAGAUUGUACAAGAAUUUUCCGAGUGGAACUUAGAAUUAGAUAAGGAAUUACUUACUAUACCCGCUCGUGUGCUAGUCCCUGAACAACUUCGAUUUGGUGGAGAAGCAUAUAUCAAAAGUGUAAAUGGCGACUGGACGAGAGAAAUGCAAAAUAAAAGAUGUUUAAUUGCUCAGCAAUUGCGGGAAUGGGUUUUAAUAAUUACAGAAAGAGAUCAACAUGCUCUUCAGAAAUUUAUAGAUACAUUAAUAAAAGUAUCUAAAGGAGUAUCGUUUCGAGUGGAACCCCCGAAAGUACAAACUAUUCGCGACGAUAGACCAGGCACAUAUAGUGAAACGUUAGAGCGCAUUUUAAGCAAAAAUAUACCGCAAUUGGUAUUUUGUGUGGUGUCGAACAAUCGCAGUGAUCGCUACUCAGCAAUUAAAAAGAAGUGUUGUGUAGAUCGACCUGUGCCAUCGCAAGUUUGCUUGUUUAAAACUAUGACACAUAAGAAUGUCAUGUCUAUUGCUACAAAAAUAGCAAUACAGAUGAACUGUAAAUUAGGCGGAGCACCAUGGAGCGUAGAUAUUCCACUGGAUGGGUUGAUGAUAGUUGGAUUCGAUGUUUGUCAUGAUACAACUGUUAAAACCAAAGAUUUUGGUGCUAUGGUAGCGAGCCUUGACAAACGUAUGACGAGAUAUUUCAGUGCGGUGAAUGCACAUGGAAACGGUGACGAAUUAUCAAAUGAUCUUUCUCAAAAUAUUUGUAAAGCUGCACAGGCAUACUAUAUGACAAACAGAGUUUUGCCGUCGUCCAUUGUGAUCUAUCGUGACGGUGUUGGCGAGGGUCAAAUACCACAGGUGAUGGAACGUGAAGUUGUGCAGAUAAGAAAGUCUCUGGAUACGUUGUAUGGAGCCCCAGAUAAAUACAAAAUGGCGUUUAUAAUCGUGACGAAGCGAUUGAACACGCGAUUUUUCCAUCGUAACGACAAUCCACCUGCAGGGACGGUGGUCGACGAUGUCAUCACGAGUCCCAUUAAAUAUGAUUUCUUCAUCGUGUCGCAAAAGGUGCGACAAGGCACAAUAACACCCACCUCGUAUAGCGUAAUCUUUGACAAUCUCAAUUUAGACGCGGACAAGAUACAACGUAUGUCAUACAAAUUGACCCAUAUGUAUUUCAAUUGUUCGAAUACUGUUAGAGUACCAGCGCCCUGUCAUUAUGCUCACAAAUUGGCGUUUCUUGUAAGUAGAUUCAUUCACCGAGCGCCAGAUUCGCAAUUGCAAAAUACUUUAUACUUUUUGUAAUAGCUCUCUUAUAUUCCAACAUUAUUCUUAUUAUUAUUAUUAUUAUUAUUUCUAUUACUAUCACUAUCAUAUUUCAUUUUUUUU